AUGGCAGCACAGGAUGCGCUCAAGUACCUCAACUCACUUCAGAACAACCACAAGGUCUUGGAAGAGCGUCGCAAGAACCCGCCCAAGGAUCUGACCAAAAAUGACUCGCUGCAUGAGAUGUUCCAGUGCGUCGAAGAUGCUGGCUACAAGCCUUCAGACUUUGAUGCUCUCAAUGCCGUACACGUCGCCGGGACCAAGGGCAAAGGAACAACUUGCGCAUUCGUGAACUCCAUCCUAAACCAAUAUCGCGAACGAUAUGGCUGCCCCAAGCAAAUCGGCUUGUAUACAUCGCCUCACCUUCUCAGCGUGUGCGAGCGCAUUCGUAUCAAUUCCAAACCGAUCACCGAACAGAAGUUCACGCAGUACUUCUUCGAGCUGUGGGACCGCCUGGAACAUGGUGCACGUCGAAGAGGAGCAGAUCCAAGACCCAAGCCUACGUACUUUCGAUAUUUGACUCUCCUGUCUUUACACGCUUUUGUCAAAGAAGAGGUGGAUGUUGCGAUCUACGAGGUCGGUAUUGGUGGUGAAUUCGAUUCCACGAACGUACUGUCCAAGCCAGCCGCCGUGGGCAUUACAUCGCUAGGCAUCGAUCAUGUACAAGUGCUCGGUAAUACCGUGGAAGAGAUAGCAUGGCACAAAGCUGGCAUAAUGAAACACGGCAGUCCAGCAUAUACCGUAGCCCAGCCAGAGGGCGCUAUGAAGGUUCUGCAGAAAAGAGCAGAGGAGAAGCAAGUCGUACUGAGAGAGGUCCCGAUUGCCAAAUGUCUGAGAGAGGUGCCGAUAGUUCCAGAUGAAGACUACCAAAAGAGGAACGCAGCUCUCGCGGUUGUCCUUGCAUCUCGUGUUCUCGAUAGGUUUGACCUGCCACUUGGUGCACACCAUGAAAACUUGCCCGAUCCCUUCAAAUGUGGACUGACGACUUCGCUAUGGCGUGGUAGAGGCGAGAUUGUGAGGCGCGAUUAUGGUACAUGGUACCUAGACGGAGCGCACACCACGGAAAGCCUGAAGAUUGUAUGCGACUGGUUCGGCAAAACCAUUCAAAGAGCAAGAAAAGAACGCGGCGAAGACCCGUUACCGAUCCUCAUCUUCAACCAGCAAGCAGAGACACGUAAUGCAAGACAGCUCAUCGACACUGUGCAACAGAGACUCCGGCAGGAGUGGGCCAUACAACCAGAAACGGCGAUUUUCUGCUCCAACGUGACGUACAAGAACAAUCAGUACAAGCCUGACUUCGUGGACAGCAAUUCAGACCCCAUGGCAGUGAAAACGUUAUCAAUGCAGCGUGAUUACUCACAAUGUUGGAAAGAAGCAGAUCCACAAUCGUCCGCUCACGUCGUUCGUUCCAUAGAAGAGGCCGUGGAGCUCGCCCGGGAGAUCUGCGAGAGACAGCUUGAGCGUCCGGCACACAUUCUCGUCACUGGAACCUUUCGAAUUGUUGGAGGUGCUUUGACUGUCCUGGAAGGUUCAAGCAUUGCUACAGAAGCUUCGACCACUGCUCCCUCAUCAGGUUGA